AUGGAAAUUUGCGUGCGGAUUAACGAUGACUGCGAGAACGACUACACGUUUCAGGUGUCCAAGGAGGACACGUUCGAGUCCAAGAUCAUGAAGGUUUUCGACAAGAAUGAGGGAUUGUCCCGGUUCAUGGUGCUCAGACCAUCCAUAUUUUACAAAAAACAGCCCACGGGGCUGUCGAAGUCGAUGCAUCCGGGGUUCUUGACCGAAAACGGAUGCUUGCUAUUCCACUACGACGCGGACGAGAGGAAGUACCGUGAGCCUUUGGAGCUAAAGAACAAGAAGAUCUGGGAGCAGAUGUGGCCCGGUCAGCUGGUGCUGCCCGAGUGGGAGCUGUCCUACAGAAACAUCGCGGUAUUCGCGGCGAUCUUGCUUGGCUGGUUGUACACAGAUCUGCCCGAUGUGAUCUCGCCCACGCCUGGUAUCUGCUUCACCAACCAACUGUCGAAGCGUAUCAUGGUCGUAGCGCGCUGGUACGGCUACAACGCGAUCGCGGACAAGCUUGCGGAGGAGGUCCAGGUCAACUCCGCGGGCGUAGUGGCGCAGUGGCUGUUUUUCGCGUUGCACUUUGUCAAGGUGAUAUUCGUGGCGCUGGUGUUCUACAGCGGCCUGGUCAACCCCGUCUCAUUCAACUUCCUGGACUUUUACAGCACCCGGAAGGUGGUGAUCACCAAGAACGCGGACAAGCUGAAAGAGACGCUGCGCUCGGUCGGGUGGAUCGGCGCCAAGCGCGCCACGUACGACGAGUACAGAGACACUUACUACAACUACCGUCUGGAGAAGGCGGGCGGGCUGGUGCCUGCGUACAAGAGCGGUAUAAUGCAGGUAGCCGCGAACCCGGGUGUGAACCUGGAGAAGGGCGAGGGCUUCCAGACGCCGCUGGACAAGCGGUUCACGGAGUCCACGUUCAAGACCAUGGAGAAGUCGCGCAAGUUCGUGCUGAGUGAGGAGUAUUUGAUCCAGCUGGAGAAGGACCUGAAGGAGGUGAUCAAGAAGUGCGAGGGCGACGUUCCCGCGAUCAACCAGCAGAUCCGCAAGUUCCGCCGCCUGGGCCUGUUCGAGAGCGGACCCGAGCUGACGAGGCUCGUAGAGCUGCGCAAGGAGGUCGCGCCCGAGCCGGAGACCGGCGCUGCGGACGCGGACGCCAAGAAGACCCAGUAG